GAGCACAGUGUGCUCGUUACAAUUGGAUUGUAAUAUAAAUAUUUUUAGCGUUUUUAAUGAAUUUUGUAUUUGCCCAAAAAUUGUUUACUUAUUUUACGUCAGACUAGAUAGACCAGGGAAAGAAGACACCAACUCUUACUGACGUCUCGAGCUUUUCUGGCACUAUGGCAAAUAAAACCAAUACGAAAGUUAAUUACACUUUUCAAGGUUUCAAAUGGUCCAGAAACACAACAUUGUUGCUAAUAUCGUUAAUAGGAAAAAAUUACAAUCAAUUGCAAAGUGGAGUAAAAAAGUUCACGUUUCAACAAAUCGCACAGGAAAUUAACGAACAACUUGGAACCAACCUGGCAUUUGAUCAAGUCGAAUCGAAAUGGAAGGGACUGAGGCGAACAUAUAAAAAAGUUAAAGAGUCAAACACACAAUUGAGCUGGGAAUUUUACAAUGUUGUGGAUGAAAUUCUUCAAGAUGAUAUAGAGAUAAAUCCACUAGUCACUGCAACGUCUGAAGAAGCCUUUGUUACUGGUUGCGAGACAGAGUUUGAUUUUAUUGAAUACAGUGUGGAGCCAGAAAGAUCAUUAUUUCAGCAAAGCCGUGAACGAGGUCCGAGUAAUGACGAAGACCGAUAUAGUAGGGAAAUGCGAGUAGAAAGUAGCGACGAAGACUGUCCUGGCAGAGGCAGUCGGAGGCACCGCAUUAGUUAUGAAGACAGGAGUGGUAGGAUAGGUCGAAUGCAUCGAAGUAGUGAUGAAGAUCGAAGAUAUAGACAAAUUCGAAAACGGCGAUGUAGUGAUGAUGGCCAAAGUAGCUACGAAACCCGAAGAGUCCAAGGAAAUCGGAACAGAAUUGAAAGCGCUGAAGCUGCCAGAGAAAGGAGGCAUCAAGAAAAGAUGAAAUUGGCCAGAAAGUUUUUAGCCCUUUUCGAGAAGAUGGUUGAAAAAAUGUAAAAACAAAGGUACAACAAAAAUAAAUAAAUAAAAAAAAGUUAACUUCAUCGAUCUCUAUUCAUGUAAUAUAUUCAUCAGCAUGUCUCGUUUUGAACUUGAAGAUGAUGCAAAGUUGUCGUGUUCUUUGUAGCAUUCUUUUUCAUUUUCCUCAAUAUCUAUUGCAACGUAUUCAUCGGGAAAGUCUUCAUUGCGCAGGCAUAUGUUAUGCAAUAUGCUACAGGCAGCAAUGAAUUUUGUUGUUGCAGCAGUUCUUAGGCAAUCAAUGUAGUGCAAGCGACGAAAUCUGCCUUUCAGCACCCCGAAUGAACGUUUUAUGUCGUCAAGACACUCCGAAUGAAUUGUGUUGAAAAAUAUUUGCUCGUCUCUAAAGCCGUUACUAUCCCGAUAUGGAGUGAUUAACCAAGGCUUCGGUGGAUAAGAGGAAUCGCCUAGUAAAUGCUGAUCUUCACUAAUUUUAAAAUUACCUGAAACAUACCAAUCCAAUGACGUUAAAUUGUGCUUUUGUAAAUUGGCAAUUAAUAAAACCUGAAUUGAUUUUA